CGCGCUCCACCCUGAAAACAACUUAAGUGCGUCAACUGUUGUUUGUUUCCUGUUGCGUGUGCGCGUGAGUCGGGACAUGGUGAGUUAAUCUUUUCUUCAAAGUGUCUGAGGGAGAAAGAGAAGAAACGAUCCGUCAGAAGAAGAGAAAAGAAGAAGAAGAAGAAAGCGGCGAUGAACCAGGACGCCUUCGAGGUCCCGGCGAGGACGGAGUACCGCUACCUGGUGCAGGAGGAGGACGAGGAGGAGCCGCAGUACGUCCGUCACAGACACUACAUCAGCCCCUUCCUGGUUCUGUCCCGACGCUGCAUCUUCUUCAUCGUCCUCGGCGUGCUCGCCCUGCUCGCCCUCGCCACCUACCUGGCCUACGUGGCCCAGACGCUGCCGGCGUCCGUCGCUCAGGUGGCGACGCUCUGCGGAGAAUUCAGAGGAAGACACAACAAUGGAGCCUACUCUUUUAAGGGAAUGGCGUACGCCGCUCCUCCCGUUGGCGAGCUGCGUUGGGCGCCCCCGGCGGAGGCGACGUGCCGCAGCAGGCUGACGGACGCCGGACGCUUCCGCAGCAUGUGUCCUCAGCUGCGUCCGAUGUCCAGCUUGGGGACGGUGAUGGGCCAGGAGGACUGUCUCUACGUCAACGUGUGGACGCCAUCGCUGCAGCCGGACGCCAAGCUCCCCGUCAUGGUGUGGAUCCACGGAGGUCACCUGCACACGCUCAGUGGGGCGGAGCUCUGCUGCUCGCCCACGGAGACGCUCGCCGCCAACACGGGCGUGGUCUACGUCAGCUUCAACUACAGACUCAACGCCUUCGGCUUCCUGGCGCUGGAGAUGCUGAGAGAAGGUUCUCCAACCAACACCUCAGGGAACUACGGCCUCAUGGACCAGAUCGCAGCUCUGAAGUGGAUCCAGAAGAACAUCCACUCGUUCGGGGGGGAUCCAGAGAGAGUGACCAUAUUUGGACAGAGCUCAGUGUGGAGCCUGAUGACCUCCCGGCUGGCGAAGGGUCUCUUCCAGGCGGCGGUGGACAUGAGCGGUCCGUACGUCCGUGAGGUUCCACUGAAACAAGCCGAGUCCGACAACCUGGUUUUCCUGAAGAACACGAAGUGCGGAGACGUGAGCUGCGUCCGACGCCUGUCCGUCCUCCAGGUGCUGCAGGCCAUCCCGUGGCAGGAGUUCCCCCUGUGGGCCCCCGACGGGAUGACAGACCUGCCCACUAGAGGGCACUCCAUCGGCCCGGUGGUGGUGGUGGACGGAUUCGUCCUGGAAGCUCCGACCUCGGAGGUGUGGGGGACGAAGGGGGGGCACAGCGACGUCCCUCUGGUUGUCGGGACGACGGAGCGGGAGGCGGACUUCAGACCUCCGGCUGAGAACAUCUCCAGGUGGACGUGGGAGGACUACAGCUGGUUCGUGACAGAUAAACUCGAGCCCUUCAGUAAGAAUCUCCCUAAAGAUGCGUUGGACCUGUAUCCGACCUCGGGCCCGUGUCCCACCGGGGACCGCUGCCCGGAGAGGGCGUACACCGCCAUGGCGUCCGACAUCCGGGUCACGUGUCCCAGCAACGAGCUGGCAUGGAGGGCUGCAGCUGCACUAACGAGCCCGGUGUAUCGUUACGUGGUGACUCGCACGCCGUCCGGACCGAUCAACGCCAUCAGCGCUCUGCUGCCGCUCCCCACAAGCUCCGCCUUCCACAGCCUGGACGCCGUGGCGUUCUUUGGUGGACUGGAGUCCAUGUUGGGGACGCCUCUCUCUGACGGGGACAAGAGAUUCCAGGAGGUCAUCACACAUCAGCUCGUUACCUUCGCCAAGACAGGUAAGAUGGAGGAGGCGUGGCCUAAGUUCCCAGCAGCCACUGCUCUCCUGUCCGCUCGCCUGUCGCUGGCUCACAACUACUCGGCCGCUCGCUGUGAUCUGUGGAGAGAGAACGGCCUGUUCGCCUACGCCUGGCCCAACUGAGACGCUGAG